GCCUUCACCCUCUCUCUGACUCACGUGCACUUCUCUCCCUUCACCUCUCCACGCGUGGUUGAUUUUGAUCACUAAAGACAAGCUCGUUAUUAUCUGAAAAGUCAAUCCUCGAAACAAGACAUCAUUUCCACUUUUCCUUCCUCAACGAUCCCGAACAGCUCGGGAGAUUUUUAUUUUUUUUUUUUUAUCGUCUUUUCUUCUUCAUUUAAAAACAGACAGGUCGAUCUGAAGAUGGUUCAGGAAGUUCAGGACAAACUGCUCUGAUUUGGUUGAACUGAGCUCAGUCUGCGACUCUUGAGGGCUUUGAAGGCAUCUCCAGGCGGACCGCCUGAGCGACUCCGGGCUGCCGGGAGCAGCUCACAGCCACCAUGGCUUCCCGUGACGAGCCGCUGGACCUGAAGCUGCCGUCCGGCCGAACCGCCGGCCCGGCGCUGUUCAGGAAGAGGGCGUUCCCUUCCUCCAUCUGCGCCCCCCUCGCCAUCACACGGCCACGCCUGCAGUGUCCCACCUUUCCAUCUCCCCCGUCUUCACCAGACUCCCAGUCCUCCUCUCAAGAGCGACCCGGGUCCUGCUUCACUCCUCCGGCCAUGGACCUCAGCCUGUCCCCGUCCUCCCGCCACGCGUCGUCCCUGUCCCCGUCGCCGUCCUCCCCCUCCUCCCCGUCGCCCUCCUCCCCUCUGGAGUCGCCUCACAGCAGCAGCAGUCCGCAGCCUCACAUCUUCUCCAGGGAAGCCGUUCAUCACCGAGGCGUGGACGGCGGGGUUUCGCCGCAGGGUUAUCCCUUUUACCUCCCCAUCAGAAGCCCGCCGCGGGGCUACAGCUUUCCCUCCUCGCUGUUCCUCGGCCAGAGCCGAGACAAGCCGGCGUCCCCGGAGCCGUCGCUGGAAGGUCAGCUGGCCUGCCGCUGGAUGAAGUGCCACCUGCUGUUCGACUCGCUGCAGGACCUGGUCGACCACAUCAACGACUUCCACGUCAAGCCGGAGAAGGACUCGGGCUACUGCUGCCAGUGGGAGGGCUGCGCCCGCAACGGGAGGGGCUUCAACGCCAGGUAUAAAAUGCUGAUUCACAUCCGCACACACACCAACGAGAAGCCGCACCACUGUCCCACCUGCAACAAGAGCUUCUCGCGUCUGGAGAACCUCAAGAUACACACUCGCUCACACACCGGUGAGAAACCCUACAUCUGCCCGUACGAAGGCUGCAGCAAGCGCUACUCCAACUCCAGCGACCGCUUCAAGCACACGCGCACUCACUACGUGGACAAGCCGUACUACUGCAAGAUGGCCGGCUGCCUGAAGCGCUACACGGAUCCCAGCUCGCUGCGCAAGCACAUCAAGGCCCACGGGCACUUCGUGGCCCAGGAGCAAGGCGCGUCGGGCCGGCCGGGCUCCGGGUUCGGCCUGCCGGGGCACCAGAGCGCCCCCGAGCUGCCCCCGGUGGGCGGGGCGCACGUCAUCCUCCCCGGGGCGGCGGCGGCUCUCCUGGGGGGUCUGGGAUCCUCCCUGCCGCUCUCCGCUUUCUGCCACGCCAGAGCCCUGGGCCACCACGGGGCGCCGCUCUUCCCCCUGGGGCCCGGCGGCGGCGGCGCCGCCGCCAUGGGGCCCCUCGGCCUUUCGGACUCCCCGCUGCUGCACUUCGGCCUCUCUGCCGCGUCCAUGCUGGGGCUGGGCGCCCUGGGGGGGCUGGGGCGGGCGAUGGCCCACGAGCCGGAGGACGACGAGGAAGAGGAGGAGGGGGACGAGGGGGAGGCGCUGAACCUGUCUGCCCAGGUGGGGCGCAGGCGCAGGGAUCCUCUGUCCUGGGUGGUCGUUCCCUCCAGGGCGCUGCUCCUCAAACCGGCUGUCGUCAGUUAAAGAGGAGAACCCCCCCCCCCCCCCCCCCCCCGCACUGACCCUCGGCUGGGCGCAGCGUUCGGACCCAGCGGUUCCACAGCUCAUCACUCAUCAGCUCUUCAUGCUCACUGUACAAAACUGAGUUUUGUAAAGUUUCCCACACCGUGCUGGUUUCAGUCAUUUCACCCAAAUCACAAAGGGAAAAACUGCCUGACGCCCAAAUCUGUCCAACAAGUCAACGCGAGGUAAAGGUGAAACAGCUCAAACAGCUACAGCGACUAUUCACUGUUCACACAACAGUGUUUCAAAGGACAUCAUGUCGUUUUUGUCUCAGAAAACGACGCACGACAACGUUUUGGCGACGGUGUCUGUUCACACGGAAACAGCGAAAACGAUGUAGUUUUCUCAUUGUUUGUUUUGUAAUGAAACCACACACACACACAGAGAACUAUAUAUAUAAAGAUUAACAGUGGCGAGUGUCCAGACAUCAGUAUGGACACACAGACGCUGGAUUAUAUCAACUGUAAAGCUGCUCCCAGUCCUACAUGUCAUUUUAUAGAUGGAAUUCUGUCAGAACGAAGAUUCCGGCCCGGUGACGCUGUAUCAAAACCUUUUUCUAAAAUCAGGAUCUGCAGAUUUCAGUCCCAUUAAACAGCUUUAUCAGGUGUGUUGCACAAGAGAGGCGCAUCAGUGAAGACCCGGCAGAUCGCGCCGCAGAGCCGGUCGCACCAUGACAGCUUGAACACCGCUGCAAGUCGAACAGGAGACAAAACCACACGGAAACACGACUCAGCGCAUGUCCUUCUGAGAAAUAUUUGUGAUUUGGGUGAAAUGACCCUCUGAAACCUUGAGGAGACAGGCUGACGGUUUGUAUCUGAAUGGAACUAAUGAGCAGGUUAGGUGACGUGAACCUGUGUGACGAUGCACACGGCCGAUUCAUGUGACGGAUCACACACUCCAUCAGUGUGAAGCUUCGUCAGCGGUUGCUUUGAAUGGGUUAAAGCAGGGUUCCUCAAAGUGUUGGAGGGUGGGCUUCAACCCCCCCC